UUUAAAACUCUUCCAAUUACAGUUACACCAAACGAAAACAACGCAUAUUUAUAGGCGUCUUCACAUAGUUAGGGUUUUUCCUUUCCCUCCAACCGUCUCUCUCUGUCUGGCAAGAUCGGUACUACUGCUUAAUCCAGCAGGUUCUUCUAUCGGUAAAGCACUGUAAAGAGAGGAUAUUAGGAUGGUCAUGAAAUUUAUUAUCUACUAAGAUUCAACCUACUCCUUGUAGAUAACAAAGGUUAUGCCCAUUAUGGAAACUGAGAAGUCUAACAUUUCACGUGCCGAAGAAGUCAAAGUUCUAGCCAAUGAAGCAUUCAAAGCUCACAAAUAUGCACAAGCUAUUGAUCUGUAUACCCAAGCAAUUGAACUGAACAAUCAGAAUGCUGUAUACUGGGCGAACCGUGCAUUUGCACACAUUAAACUCGAGGAAUAUGGUAGUGCCAUACAGGAUGCAUCAAAUGCUAUAAAUGUCGAUCCCAAAUAUUCGAAGGGCUAUUACAGACGAGGAGCUGCCUAUCUUUCCAUGGGGAAGUUUAAAGAAGCACUUAAGGAUUUUCAGCAGGUAAAGAAAAUCCGACCGAAUGAUCCUGAUGCUACCAGGAAAUUGAAGGAAUGUGAGAAAGCAGUGAUGAAGCUUAAAUUUGAGGAAGCAAUUUCUGCACCUCAGUCUCAAAGGCGCUCUGUGGCUGAUUCUAUAGACUAUCAUUCUAUAGGAACGAGUCCUAGUUCAUCAUCAGUGCCCACCGAAGUGACCAUAGCAGCAGUGGCAGUCGCAGUAGUGGCAGCCGUGAUGAUGAUAGUGGGAACAACAGCGGCCACAGUGGUAGCAAUAAUAGUGGUGGUGGUGGUCCUUGGGGCACAUUGGUGGGAUGGCCGCAAUGGUGGUGUCGUCCCUGGGAGUCGAAUACAUGACCUAGAUGUUGAGCCAGAAUAUUCUGGUGCAAGAAUCGAUGGAGAUGUAGUUACUCUGGAUUUUGUGAAGAAAAUGAUCGAUGAUUUCAAGCAUGAGAAGUGCUUACAUAAACGCUAUGCAUACCAGAUUGUCUUGCAAAUAAGAGAAAUAUUACGAGCCUUGCCUUCGCUUGUUGAUAUUAGUGUUCCUGAUGGCAAUCAUUUCACUGUUUGUGGCGAUGUACAUGGUCAGUUCUACGAUCUCUUAAACAUUUUUGAGCUUAAUGGGCUUCCCUCAGAUGACAAUCCAUACCUUUUCAACGGUGACUUUGUGGACAGGGGAUCAUUUUCUUUGGAGGUCAUACUCACUUUGUUUGCGUUUAAGUGCAUGUCUCCGUCAGCCAUAUAUCUCGCUAGAGGAAAUCAUGAGAGCAAGAGCAUGAAUAAGAUAUAUGGUUUUGAGGGUGAGGUUCGGUCUAAGUUGAGCGAAACAUUUGUGGAACUAUUUGCCGAAGUGUUCUGUUGUUUGCCUUUAGCACACGUAAUAAAUGAGAAGAUAUUUGUAGUUCAUGGAGGUCUCUUUAGUGUUGAUGGAGUGAAACUCUCUGACAUAAGAGCAAUUGACCGCUUUUGUGAACCACCUGAGGAAGGUUUGAUGUGUGAAUUACUUUGGAGUGAUCCACAACCCCACCCUGGAAGAGGUCCCAGCAAGCGUGGUGUUGGUCUCUCUUUUGGUGCAGAUGUGACAAAGAGGUUUCUGCAGGAAAACAAUUUAGAUUUAGUUGUGAGAUCUCACGAAGUUAAGGAUGAGGGUUAUGAGGUUGAGCAUGAUGGUAAACUUAUUACCGUGUUUUCUGCUCCAAACUACUGUGAUCAGAUGGGUAACAAGGGUGCCUUCAUUCGUUUUGAAGCACCUGAUCUGAAGCCUAACAUUGUUACGUUCUCAGCAGUGCCACACCCCGAAGUGAUGCCAAUGGCAUAUGCAAACAACUUCCUGCGACUAUUUUCAUAGUUUAUAUAGCUGACUGGAAUUGCAAAUGGUAUAUUCUCUGUUCGAUAUCUUUUCUAAAGUUCGAAAUCUUUGAAGUGGGCUGGAGUAGAGCCAGUGCAUGUCGACAAGAGGCGGUUACAUGUCAUGUUUUUAUUUUAUUUUUUUUAAUUUGAAAGUGUCUUUCCCUCUUUUUUACAUGUAAUUCUCAACUGUGGUAAGAAUCUCUGGACGCAUCUGUUUUCAUGCUUUACCUCCGUGGAUGCAGAAAAGACUGUCCGGGAAAAUGGUUCCGGCGUAACUGUCAUUAAAAUGUAUGCUAUAUUUUUUUUUUUGGUA